UCUCCUCAGGCCCUUGGAGUGGUGGCCUUGGGGCCCGGCUGUGGCUAUGGAACUUCUGGAGACCCCCGUCAAGGACGGCAUCCUCUACCAGCAGCACGUCAAGUUUGGCAAGAAGUCCUGGCGGAAGGUGUGGGGUCUGCUUUAUGCAGGAGGCCCAUCAGGCGUGGCACGGCUGGAGAGCUGGGAGGUCCGGGAUGGUGGCCAGGGGCCAGCGGGUGACAGAUCUGCAGGGCCUGGCCGGCGCGGGGAGCGGCGGGUCAUCCGCCUGGCUGACUGCGUGUCCGUGCUGCCCGCCGACGGUGAGAGCUGCCCCCGGGACACUGGUGCCUUCCUGCUCACCACCACAGAGCGAAGCCACCUGCUGGCCGCACAGCACCGCCAGGCAUGGAUAGGCUCCAUCUGCCAGCUGGCCUUCCCGGGCACAGGGGAGUCCUCCUCAGGAUCAGGGGAGGCCGAAGCUCCCAAGAGGGGCCCGGUCCCCAUGGAGGAGAACUCCAUCUACUCCUCCUGGAAGGAAGUGGGCGAGUUCCCGGUGGUGGUGCAGAGGACAGAGGCUGCGGCCCGCUGCCAGCUCAAGGGGCCCUACCUCCUGCUGCUGGGCCAGGACGCCAUCCAGCUGAGCGAGCCCGCGAGCCCCCAGGCCCUCUACACCUGGCCCUACCGCUUCCUGCGCAAGUUCGGCUCUGACAAGGACGUGUUCUCCUUCGAAGCCGGCCGCCGCUGCGCCUCGGGCGAGGGCCUCUUCGCCUUCAGCAGCCCCCGCGCCCGCGACCUGUGCGGGGCCGUGGCCACGGCGAUCGCCCGCCAGCGGGAGCGCCUGUCCGAUCCAGCGCGGCCCCGGCCCUGCCCCCUGCCGCGGGCCACCUCCCUGCCCUCGCUGGAGCCGCCGGGAGAGCUGCGCGAGGCGCCGCCGGGGCCCCAGGCGCCAGGCCCCCGGAGGGCUGGCGCGGCCGACGCGGGGCCCCAGAGCCUGCCGCCGCUGCUGAGCCCCGCGGCCCCCGCCGAGCCGGUGCUCUACGCCUCGGUGUGCAAGCGGGCCAGCGUGCCCGCGGGCGCCGCCGAGCACCUGUACGAGAACCUGCGCCUGCUGGAGGCCGCCGGCCCGCCGGCCAGCCCCAUCUACCACAACAGCCAGGACCUGAGCUGGCCCGGCCCGGCCUGCGACAGCAGCCUGGAGGCCCAGUACCGGCGGCUGCUGGAGCUGGAGCUGGCCGACAACGGCGACAGCGACGAGGCGGGGGGCUCCGCCUGCCCCGGCUCCCACACGGGCUUCAAGGCCAAGCUGGUGACGCUGCUGAGCCGGGAGCGGAGGAAGGGCCCGGCCCCCUGCGACAGACCCUGACCCGUGGCAGCGGGAGGAGACGAAGGCGCUCUCCCUGGAACAAGAGGGCGCGAAAACCGUGGACAUCUGCGGACACACCCCCACAGCCACUCUGGCCUGGGGGGACAAGGCCGGCUGCCUGGGGAGGACCCCUCAAGUGCCCUGCCAGCCCCCCAGUGUAUAGUGUACAGAUCUGCUAAUAAUAAAGCCCUUUAGUUCCCCUCUCA